AUGCUACCAUUGACACUUCUUCGAACUGCUGUGUUUCAUCCUAUGUUGGUUGAACUCAAAAAUGGUGAGACGUACAACGGCAACCUAAUUAGUUGUGACAAUUUUAUGAAUAUUCACUUACGUGAUGUUAUUUGUACUUCUCGAGAUGGUGAUCGCUUUUGGAAAAUUCCUGAGUGUUAUGUUCGUGGUAAUACGAUCAAAUACCUUCGAUUGCCAGAAGACGUACUUGGACUAGUCAAAGAGGAUGUCAACGAAAGACCAACACGUUCUGGACCACCAUCACGUCGUCCAUAUCGUGGUCGCGGAGAUGGCGGACGUGGAGGACAUGCAGGCGGUCGGUCUGGAGAUAAUCGCAAAGGUGGCGGCGGUGGUAAUCGUGGUGGACAUCAAGGAUCACGUGGGGGUGGUCGUGGCGGUCAACAGGGUGGACAAUUUCGUCAAGGACGAUAA